AUGGACUACGACUACCGNGGGAUGGAUGCCGAUGACUCGGGUCCGCGCAUCAACAUCAGUGAGACCACGCCCAUCUCGGCCAAGUUUGUCCUGAGCAACACGACCUUGUCGCUAGCCAACAGUAUCCGCCGCACCAUGCAUGCCGAAGUCCCUACCCUCGCCAUCGAUCUCGUCGAGGUCGAAUCAAACACGUCCGUCCUGGCUGACGAGUUCCUGGCCCACCGCCUGGGUCUGAUCCCGCUGUCGGCAAAGAACGUCGACGACCUGCUAUACACACGCGACUGCGACUGCGAUCAGUAUUGCGAAAACUGCGCCGUCGUCCUGCGCCUUAGUGCUGUCAACCGCAACUCGGAUGAGACUGUCAAGGUCUUUGCCAAGGAUCUCUACAUCGAUGCAUCUUUCAGCCAAUAUCGUCCGCACGCCGAUACUGAUGGCCCCCAGCGUGGUGGCCCCGUCAUCAUGGACCCUGAUGGCAACGGUCCUCUCAUCUGCAAGUUGCGCCGCAACCAAGAACUCAAGCUCCGCUGUAUCGCAAAGAAGGGAAUCGCAAAGGAACACGCAAAGUGGAUGCCGACUGCUGCCAUUUCAUUCGAGUACGACCCGCACAACGCCCUACGCCACGCAGACUUGUGGUAUGAAAGUGACAAGUUAGAGGAGUGGCCACCAAGCAAGAACGCCGAGUGGGAGGAACCGCCGCAAGAGGGCGACGUCUUUGACUACGACAAGGAGCCUGAUCGUUUCUACGUCAACAUUGAGGGAACUGGUGUUAUGCCCCCAGACACUGUCUUCCACACCGCUAUCAAAGUUUUACAACAAAAACUCGCCACUGUCAUCCAGGAGUUGUCUCCUAAUUUACAACAAGUACACCAACAAGAUCUUGCCCAACCACCACAGAGCCCGGAUAUGAUGGACAUGACUGGUGCUGCCACAGCAUACAACAACACAACUGCUUACGGUGCCGGUUCGGUCUACGGAGGUGGUUUCGGCGGCGGCAACACCAGUGCUUGGGGCGGUGGUGCUGGAAAUGCUGUUCCGGGCGGCACUACACCUUACGGCGCGACACCUUAUGGUCAAAACGGCUGGUAG